AUGUCCCGCUCCGAAUUCGUUUCUCAACCGUCGUGUGACUUGAGCAUAUAUUUACCAAAUGAAUUAAACAUUCAGGAAUCAGAAAAUUAUCAAUCUGUUGAAACACUGAUGCGUUUAUUUGGCGUGAACCCGUUGCAAUCUUCUCAUAGAAUGGACGUCGAACUAUUUGAUCCAUUGAAUAAUGAUACAGAAGCUUUGCUACUAACUGAUGAAACGUUUUCAUCGGAUGUGAAAAAUUUCAAGCCGAUCGAUUUCAGUGAUUGUUUUUUUGAAGAAUCCAAAGUAAUACCUCAUCUAUCAACUGGAGAAAGCAAUUUAAGGCCGAACGAUUAUAAUCCAUCAUCUCCCUCAGCAAAAAGUAUUCAUCGAAGUCAGAAGAAAAAUGCAUCUUCAUCUAAGCCGUUUUCAUCUUCAAGUUGUGAUGCUAUUAAAAAGUUUCUGGUAUAUGAUGUAGUAACUGGACGACUACGAAGGCCCUUAUUACAUGAAUUUAUUCGACUGUUAGUAGAAUAUGAUGAAUAUUCCGAUGUUGCUGAAUAUCUUGAUCGAAAACGAGGUAUUUUCAAAUUGCAUAAACCAGAAGAAGUUGCUGAACUAUGGAAAAAUGUGAAAGGACGGAAUAGCGAUAAUAACAUGACGUACGAUAAACUAGCGAGAGCUCUGCGUUACUAUUAUGGAAAUGGUAUUAUGCAUCCGAGUCCAGGACGCUUUACCUUUCGAUUUGGAUUAAAAUCUGGUUUUGGCACUUCAUGGGGAACAAUUUGUUAA